UCUUUAAGUGAUCACAGAUCAGCAACAAUGUCAACGGAAGACCGCAUAUUGAAUAAUAUAUAUAAACCAAGUUUUUCAAAUGUUCUUUCACCAGUGACAUUACAACACAUGGCUCGAGAAUGGUUAAAAGAAGACACACCAAACUUUGAUUAUGGUGGAUUUGUUGUUGGUGAAAAAGAAGAGACUGCUCUUCUCCUAAUCAAGAAUGCAGGUGUUUUAGCUGGAAAACCUUUUUUUAAUGCUGUCUUCAAAGAAUUAGACUGUGUUGUCUCAUGGGAAUAUGACGAGGGUGAAUUUCUAGAACCUAUCCAGUGUGUUGCAAAAGUUACUGGUAAAGUUCGUCAAUUAUUGUUGGGUGAGAGAGUGGCAUUGAAUUGUCUUUCUAGGGCUAGUGGUAUUGCUUCUCUUGCAAGACAGCUAGCUAAGAUUAAGGAGACAGUUGGUUGGAAGGGUGAAAUUGCAGGUACACGUAAAACAACCCCUGGAUUUAGGCUGGUCGAAAAAUAUGCUUUAAUUGUAGGAUCUGUUUCCACACAUCGACAUGAUUUAUCCUCAAUGAUAAUGUUAAAAGACAAUCACAUCUGGACUUCAGGGAGUAUUACACAGGCUGUUAAAGAUGCAAGAAUUGUUGGGGGAUUCUCCUUAAAAGUUGAAGUAGAAUGCCGGAGCGUAGAUGAGGCAUUGGAAGCAGCAGAAGCAGGCAGUGAUAUUGUAAUGCUGGAUAAUUUCUCUCCGGAGGCACUCCCAGAUGCAACUGAAAGAAUAAAAGACAAGUUUCCAAAUGUUUUGAUAGAAGCCAGUGGUGGAAUUACGGAGUCCAACAUACAAAAAUACAUGAUACCAGGUGUGGAUGUAGUGUCAUUAAGCAGACUGACCCAGGGUUAUGAUGUUGUUGACUUCUCACUGAAAAUUCAGAAGGAAGGAGUGGAUCCAAGAAAUUUACCUGUUAAAUGAUGAAUAGGAGAUAAUUUUAAAUGUUAAUGAUGAAGUACAGUGAAUGGAGAUUUCAACAAACUAUCCAAAUACUGGAUUAAGUUCGUUUCUUACAAUAGUUUUAGGAGGGAGAAAAAAAUUGAGCUGUAGGCUUUAUUUUCAAAUGUUAUGAAAAUGCAUUAUUACAGUUGAACAUAAUAGAUAUCUCAAACACCAAUAUCUCAAAUACCAUGGAUAUGUAGAAAUCAGUUGGAAGUCCCAUUCACUUUUUCUCUCUGUAUUUACCUCAAUAUCUCAAACCCUUCGUAUCUUGAAGGUUUUCCUUGGUUCAAUUGAGUUCAAGAUAACAAUUAAGGUUUAACUACAUUUAUUUAGCAAAGAAUGUAAUAUUGUUUGCCAAUUUGCUAGUCUUUAUAAUGUCUAGUCUUCAAAAUUAUGAUGAGCAGAAUGGUCUUGUAAUAUUGUAAAGCUGCCUGAAUAAAAGGGUUUUUUUUAUUUUCAAGACAGAAUACUUAGG